AUGCAGUAUGACAAAUCAGAUUUACUGUUUGUACUUGACACGGUUUUUGGUCGAAGGAUUUUCUCCGUAAUGGGUCCUGCAGUCAGGAAUGGUUUGUCUAGGGACCUUCGUGAUCCUGCGUUGUUCAUGCUGUUUUCGCUAGCGGACUCUGGCCAGGCGUCCAUAUUUUACCGGUCUGACGUCAUUUCAGCACUUUUGAGAUUGAAUGAAAACAAAGUGCUCUUUAAACUGCCGCCAAACACACAACUGACCUUUCCUUUAUAUCUCUCCUGUAGAAUCAAUUGCUCCUUCGACAUUCAGCUGGACAAUGAUGACGUCAGCGUAAUAACUAAAUCGUCGACAGCAACAACGACCACAUCCUCUUCACAACAUUCCCAUUCCCUAUGUACUAACACUACCUCUGCAUCAUUAGUAGCUCCUGCAGAGGAACUUCACGCAUCAACAUCAUCAGCAGUUCAAGCAUCGACCGCGCCAGCCACAAUAUCGGCAGCACCUGCCACAUCAGUAGCAGAUCUGGCAAGUGAGAUGCCCGCAGAUGAUCAGAUCCUACCUACACUUCCCCGAGAAGCACCUGUGGAGUUCGUCACUACGGAGGAUAUUUUUAAAUGGUCAUACCAUGAUGGGGCUGAAAAGACGAUUGCCAUUGCUAGCACUGAAAUAGGACAUCAUUGCGACGCUGAAAAAUCAAAUGAGUAUGCGGAAAUGGAUGAAAGAGAUGACGCUGAUGGAGACCACAAAGAUAGUGACCAACAAAAUAAGGAACAAUCAACGAAUAAGAUCGGUAAAGAAAAUGGCAGUCUGAACCGACACGUAACUAAACCACAUUUGUUUAAAACAGCAUCAUCUUUUUGA